AACGCACCAAGAACUUUAAUUACUGGCAUUGUAAAUAACAGUAAGAAAGUUUUAUAUAUUUUGUAUGGAAAUUUAUUUAAUCGUUCGAGUGCUGGAUGUGGUUGUAAGAAUAUACGCUUACUAUAGAUUGUGUUCCUUGGCACUCAAACUUUUAAAUAAAUAGUAAAAAACACUGGUUUGUAAUUUAAAAUCGAAACGUGAUACAUCUAUAUUUCACAAACAGCAACUUUAUUUACCCUCGAUCGAUGACAUCAUUCUAUUAGUCAGUUCUUGAUAACUACACCCAUACAUUUUGCACUUUAUAUAUUUACAGGAAAAAACAACAGAUCGAAAGUAAGUUGUCGUGGACAGUAUAAUAUAUAUAAAAUAAGCCCAAGUUUCUCUUGUUGGCGAUAAUGUGCGAGAUGUAAUAACGAAAACAACGACCGACGAAAACUUAAAAGAAACUAACAGGACAAUAUGUCGUGGCUGUGUAUCACUUUCUCCAGUUUCUGACGGUAAAAAGAACCGACAAGUCUUGAAACUCGCUUCGCGAUGCAAUAUAUAUUGUGCUUGAUAUGAAUAUAAUUGCUAAAAGUAAAGUUGAAAAGAAUUUAAAAGGAACAUGAAGUGCCACGAAUAGCACGCAGCGGACGAAAUAUCAAAAGCUGCGAUCCGUCGAUAAAUAAAUAAGAUUGGAUUUAAUCGCUCGCCGCUAUUUUUCCAAUAUGUCUGCCGUUACGAUCGGGGAUGUACAAUCUCUGCAGACCUUAACAGUUCACACGAGCGACGUAACCACCGUCGAUUUUGCUGGUGAUUGCAUAUUGGUGACAGGAUCAGGAGAUAAACGCGUUCGGGUCUGGCAAUGGCGAGCGACCAGAGGAUACGUGGAAGCAUAUUUCUCACCUUUGUUGGGGCACAAGUAUGGAGUGACGUCGGUAAAAGUAAGCCCGCGAUCAACAAUGUUAGCUUCGGCCAGUAUAGACGGUACGACGUUAUUAUGGAACUUACGGACAGGAUCGAAAAUUUACACCAUGGUCCAAGUGGGCGGAGAAGCUGUGAGAGUUUGUAGAUUCUCUCCAGAUUCAUCGCUACUCGUAACUGCCGGAGACAAUGGUCAAGUUUGUCUCUGGGAUUUGGUUCGAAGGAGUUUGAUCAAAUGUUUUCAAAAACACGAUGGCGCUAUACAGAGCGUAUGCUUUUCACCGGAUUCCAGCUGGUUAAUUACGACUUGCACUUUCGGCGUCUUAAAAUUGUUCUCUACUGCCGACAUUAUCGACUCGAGCAUAUCCAAUAACCAAUCGGUUACUGCGUUUGCCUGGGUAGACGAUGCUCAUGAUUUAGGUGUCGUCUCCUGUGAUGUUUCGACAUUCCAGGAGGUCACAAGUAACGAACCAUUCACGCAGCUCUAUCAACUAGUUACUUGUGGUAACGAUCAUUGCGUGAAACUGUGGGAGGUAACCGCGGUGCAGGCAAAAUGCGAGGCUUCGUUCACUGCCCAAAUAAAUAUCUGCAGAAUAAUGGAGAAGCACAGUAGUGCGUUGACUUGCGUACGCUUCAGCGCGAAUGGAUUGUACAUCGGUAGCAGCGGCCUCGACAAGACAGCCGUGAUCUGGGAAACGAGCACGGGAAGAAUAAUGGCGACAUUAUCAGGACACAAUAGAUACGUAGCGUGUUGUGCGUUCUCGAGGGACGGGAGUUUAUUAGCGACAGGGUCCAACGACAAGUCUGUUAUUGUUUGGGAUCUAACGGGUAGCUUGUGCCUCGAUUCGGAACUCGCGCGAUGCACGGCGCCUAUGUUGUUCUUGGACGAAGAGAGCGUUAAACACGAACGAGAUGUAAUGAGAAACGCGGAGACGUCGAUUAACGACGUGCGAUUAAUUCAAAGGCUGGAGGAUCAGCCCGGCGUGAUAAACAGCGUGGCCUUUUACGGAAAUCAUCUGAUCGCCUCUGGAUCUGGGGACAAGUUGGUGCGCGUUUGGAGCGUGGAAAUGAACGAGGAUGAAAGUUCCGACGUUACCAUGACGUUCCAAGAAAAACCUUACAGUCCACUGGAUGGUCAUACGUACAGUAUAAACUACGUGGAAUUUAGUCCCUGCGGUAGCAUGCUCGCGUCUUGCUCUCUGGACGGCACAGCCAUUAUUUGGAAUACCGAGGACGGGUGUCAAAUAAAAUCUUCGUUCGUAAACUCGGGAUCGGGUGUUCGCGUGAGUCGAUGGUCACCGGACGGUACCAAAAUCGCCACAGCCGGGGAUGACGAAAGGACCACACUGUGGGAUGUCAGUAAUAUGACCGAACUUUGUGUUUACAGAGGUCAUUCCGAUGCAGUGAACGCGAUCGCUUUUACGCAUGAUUCCCGUUAUUUGGUUACGACUUGCAACGGGGGAACCUGGAUGCUGUUCGACUCCGCCAACGACAAAUAUUGCACCGCGUUGAUGGUCUGCGAAGAAGCCCACGACUUGGGCGUCCAAGGAUGCGAUUUCAGCCCAACGGACAAUUUCAUGAUCGCUGGAAAAAGGACGGAUAGAAGUAAGAAGAAGCAAUCCUAUCUACUAGCUACCAGUGGUAACGACUCACUGGUCAAGUUGUGGCAAAUAACAAUUUACAAGCAAAGUGAGAUCACGUCGGCUGGUACUGGAAGCAGCGACGGCAAUAUACGGUACGAAGAGAAAAAGACUUUGACCGGACAUGGCGGUAAUGUGACGUGUGUCCGGUUCUCGCCGAAUCAAGGCGAAAUCCUAGGAAGCGUAGCUACCGACAGAACAGCCCGUAUUUGGAGCGUGUACUCUGGUGCUUGCCUCUUCGUACUGGAGGAACACGAAAGUCUUGUAACUACCUGUGCUUUUUCCGACGACACGUCUCUUUUUAUUACAGGUGGCUUGGACAGAACCAUUUUAAUUUGGACAAUACCCCAACGACUGAUUUCGCAGAAUGCCCUGAUUGAUAACUUGAGGCACAACAGACAUAAGGUUGCAGACUGGAGGGUCGACGAUACCUUAAAAUGGCUAAACGAAAUAGGGCUAUCGAUGUUAACAGAAAAGGCUUACAUAGCAGCCCUAACUGGACGGCAAUUGCUUACUAUAUCGGAAGAUGACUUAAUCAAAAAGCUACAAAUUGAACAAGACGAACAAGCAGGGGAAGCGUUCAAGACCCAAUUGUAUUGGUUGAAACGCGAAGAUAGCAAUGCUGUAGAAGUGCCUAUAGACGGCGCUGAAAUACCUCAUGAAUUUUUAUGUCCCAUCACGCACGAAAUAAUGAAAGAACCCGUUUUGUGCUCCGAUGGAUUCACGUACGAGAGAGCAGCUAUAAACGAAUGGUUUUUAUGCGGUAAAUAUACUAGUCCAAUGACGAACAAAUCUCUUCAAGACACCUCGCUUUCACCAAACAUAGUGCUCAGAAACACUAUAUACACUUUUCUUCAUGGAAACCGACCUCAGUCUUGAGUGACGACAACAAUAUCGCUCUGUCUGUUUUAGUAUAAAGCGUGAUAUGAAUUUUUACACGAACUCGCGAAAUACCUAUUUCCCCCUAUUUCGUUACAUAAUGUCCAAUGAUUUUUGCACAUCUUUUGCACUUUUUCAACUCUUUCAAAUCUCCCAUUAAAAUUGUUCCCAGGGCUGACCAAACACCCUGUAUACAUACAUAUACGCGCACGGGCGCAUACUUGUCAUUCCAAGCCAAAUCGAGCAUGGUUUAUACUCGAUGUCAGCGACAUUGGAGAAAUUGAAAUAUGAUACAGUCCACGUGAUAUUAGGAGAAAUUAAAAACCAUAUCUUUUACAAAAAAAACAUUAAAGAACCCGAUAAUAUAAUACAUUGUUCAAAAUUGACGAGUCUGCUGCACAUUAGUUGAAAAUAUUGAAAACCAACAAAAUGAUAAACCAUCUUUCCUACUAAUUUCACGUGGACAUGCAGGUUUCAAUAUUUUUCCUUUUUCUUAAUAAAUACAACACAAACUUACCAUUUCGUUGUUUGUUUACA